AUGGUUCCUUCGAUUUCCAUAUUCUUGUUAUCUUUCUCUUCUCUCUUUCUUCUCCGUAAUUCUCUUCCGGUGAACGAUCACUUCACCUCUCAGAUCAACCAAAUCAAUCUCAAAAUCGCUCACUUAGAAUCGGUUCUUGAAGAAACGAAUCAAAAGCUAAUCGAAAGGGAUUUGUAUAUACAAGAGUCUGAAAGGCGAAUGAAUGACUUGGCGGACAAAAUUCAGCAUCUCAAUUCCACUCUCUCUUCAUUGAAGGAUGAUUCAUUGCAUGCCGAGACACGACUUAAAUCUCUCGAGGAAGAGGUACAACUUCUUUGGUCGGCUUUGAGAAAGAACAACUUUGAUCUGCAUAUUUUGAAAUCUAAAGCGGAAGAUAGUGACAAGAGACUGGAAGAAAUUACUUCAAGAGUUGAAACGAUUAGUGGCAUUAUGAACGAACAGUGGAUUCAAGUUCAGCAUCUUGAGCAGGCUCUUCACAUUGCCAAAAGGGCUCUAAAGGCUCAAAGGAAAGCGAGCUUAGCAAGAUGCACAUUCUUCAAGUUUAUCAACAGCCUCCAUGAUGAUCUUCGGGCACUGGAAUCAUUUCUGUUUGGUGAAAGGCCUAUAGUAGGGUCAUUCAUUUCAAGAGCUAUGGAUCACUUGAAGAGAUGCUACUCGAUGACCAAAAAGUAUCACCAUCAGCUUCAAAGUUCCAUAAAAGACCUUAUGAAGAGAAAUGAAUUGACUGCAUCUCUUGCAAAUGAUGAAUUAGUUUUCAUUCUGGCAUCUGCUAUAAUCACCUUUCCGUUAAUGAGUGCCUGGAUGUUGUUUUCAUCUUAA